UUCAACGAUUCAUCGAAUUGAAGGAGCCGCAUUUAACAAAGGAAGAAGAAGAUGGGAAAGGUGAAGGGUAAGCAUCGUUUGGAUAAGUACUAUCAUCUAGCUAAAGAACAAGGUUACAGAUCUCGUGCAGCAUGGAAGCUUAUCCAGCUCGAUUCCAAAUUCAACUUCCUUCGUUCUUCCCGUGGUGUACUCGAUCUCUGCGCUGCUCCCGGUGGUUGGAUGCAGGUUGCUGUUCAGCGUGUUCCUGUUGGAAGUCUCGUCAUGGGUCUCGAUCUUGUUCCUAUUCGCCCUAUUCGUGGAGCCGUUGCUGCCGAAGAAGAUAUUACGAAACCUCAGUGUAGGUCAACUAUUAAGAAACUAAUGGGUGAACAUGGAUGCCGAGCUGUUGAUUUAGUGCUUCAUGAUGGUUCACCUAAUGUUGGUGGUGCUUGGGCUCAAGAGGCUACGAGUCAGAAUGCUUUGGUUAUUGAUUCUGUUAGACUUGCUACUGAGUUUUUAUCACCUAAAGGGACGUUUGUGACUAAGGUCUUCAGGUCUCAAGAUUACACUGCUGUUCUCUACUGUCUAAGACAGUUAUUUGAAAAGGUGGAGGUUGAUAAACCAGCUGCCAGUCGUUCAGCGUCUGCUGAGAUAUACUUAAUUGGACUAAAAUAUAAGGCACCAGCAAAGAUAGAUCCUCGCCUACUUGAUAUAAGGCAUCUUUUUGAAGGUGGCAAAGAGCCCCCAAAGGUGAUAGAUGUACUUAGAGCAUCAAAACAGAAGAGACACCGUGAUGGGUAUGAAGAUGGGGAGACAAUUUUUACAAAGGUUUGUUCUGCUGCUGAUUUUGUUUGGUCCGACAAUCCCCUUGAUAUGCUUGGCACAGUGACAUGUAUCAGCUUUAAAGAUACUGCUUCAUUAGAUAUAAAGAAUCACGCCUUGACCACUGAAGAGGUGAAAUCCCUAUGUGAUGAUCUUCGUGUUUUGGGAAAACAAGAUUUCAAGUAUCUUUUGAAGUGGCGAAUGGGUAUUAAGAAAGCACUCACUGCACUUACUGAGAAGCCUACUCCUGAGCCAGCUGUUGUGGAGAAUGAGAACAAGGAAGAGAAUGAAGAAGAGAAGAUGCUUAAUGAGAUGGAGGAACUAUCCUAUGCUAUGGAUCGUAAGAAAAAGAGAGCAAAGAAAGUUAUUACAAAACGACGUGAAAAGGAUAAGACACGUAAGGCAACAGGAAUGCAAAUGGAUGCGGUGGAGGAUGGAUGUAUGGAUAUUGAAUUGUUCGCUUUAUCUUCCAUUAAGGGUAAGAAAGAUUUGGAAGCUGUUGAUGAUACUGAGAAUGGUGAUAUUGGGACUGCUAAUUAUGAAGAAGAUGAAGAGACUCGCGAAGACCCUAAAGAUUCAUCGUCAAGUGACAUGGACUCUGAUGAAGAACGCCAACAGUAUGAUGAAAAACUGGAAGAAAUGCUUGAUGAAGCUUAUGAAAGUUAUGUGACUAGAAUUGAAGGAAGUGCACUUCAAAAGCAAAGGAAACGAGCCAAAGGGGAAGAAGCAUCCAAGGACGAGCAACUCCAGGGAAAUGAAAAUGAUGAUAUGAAUCUCUCGGACGAUUCAGAUAGGGAGCAAGACAACAUUGAAUUAAAUCCACUUGUAGUACCGUUUGCUGAUGAAGCUCCAACUCAGGAAGAGAUAAUGAAGAAAUGGUUCAGUCAAGACAUCUUUGAAGAAGAUGAAGAAGAGGAAGAACAAGAUAAGCUUGCUAAAUAUGACAGUGAUGAUGAAAUGCAAGUAGACAAGCCAGUUACAAAACCAACUAGCAACAAGAAGAACGAAAAAAAGAAACCAACAACAGAAAAGCUUCCAGUUCAAGAUAUGAAGAAAAAGAAUAACAAAUUCAAGAAAGAAACGCAACCAGAACCCGAUUUUGAGAUAGUUCCCGCAAUAGCCUCGGACUCGAGUGACUCCGAUUCAUCCUCAGACGAAUCCGAUUACGACAACGACAAAAAAGCUGAGAUAUUAGCCUAUGCAAAGAAAAUGCUACACAAAAAAGACCGCGAAAAUUUAAUAGACGAUUCUUACAACAAAUACAUGUUCAACGAUGAUGCCCGUUUGCCCAGCUGGUUCGUAGAGGACGAAAAGAAACACAACCGACCUAACAAGCCAGUAACGAAGGAAGAAAUUAAUGCAAUGAAAGCCCAAUUCAAAGAAAUUAACGCUCGGCCUGCUAAGAAGGUUGCAGAGGCUAGAGCCAGGAAGAAGCGAGUAGCCGAGAGGAAACUUGAGAAGAUUCGUAAGAAGGCUAACACCAUUUCAGACCAGUCUGAAAUAUCGGAUAGGUCUAAGAGGAAGAUGAUUGAACAGCUUUACAAUAAGGCGACUCCAAAGAAGCCCGAGAGGGAAUAUGUUGUGGCUAAGAAAGGAGUUGCAGUUAGGGGUGGAAAGGGAAAAGUGGUUGUUGACCCUAGGAUGAAGAAGGAUGCUAGAACUAAAGGAUUGGGAAGGUUAGGAAGAGGUGGAAAAGGUAACCCGAAGAAGGCUGGUGGCGGAAAGAAAGGUCAGACCGGGAAAGGCGGUAAAGGCACCGGUAAAGGCAGUGGUGCUAGGGGUUCCGCCUCCUCGAGGAAGGCUGGUAAGGAUUUCAAGAAAUAUACUUCUAGUCGAUAGAGAUCAUCGAUUUUGUCUUUGUUUUGCUGUGACUUUUGCGGUUUUUUCAAAUACUUUUCAUUGUGUUGUCAGCUUUGUUUCGAAAGUUGGCAAGUGAAUUUUGUAUUCUUAAAUAUUUGUACUGCUUAUUUAAUCUUGAUCCAAAUUUUACUU